AUGGCUUACAAGUCAUUCCAACCUGCUUACGGCUUUGUCGGCCCCAUGGCGGUCGAUCUCUCGUCUGCAGACACGCUCUUCGUCCUUCUCUUCAUCUUCCGAUACCUCCGAUUCGUAGUCCACUUCAUCACGGGGUGUUUCCUUUACAAGCCCGCUCCGCAGAAGGAGAAGCCUCACUACACCAACAGAGACGUGGCAGUCAUCAUGCCGACCGUGGCUCCGUACACCAAGGAGUUCCUGAAAUGCUGCGAGACUGUUCUUGCCAACCGCCCCGUCAAGAUUGUCAUCUGCGGAGUCGGCGAGAAGAUGAAAAGUUACAUACGCGACGUCAUUGGAUUGCACAAGUUUCACGAGCGGUACCCAGAGACGGAGAUGGUCGUUGUAAACACCAAGAAGCCCAACAAGCGCAGGCAGAUGGCUCGAGCCAGCCUCGAGGUCGACCCAGCCUCGGCCCCCAUCACCAUCAACGUCGACGACCACGUCUACUGGAAGCCCACCUUCCUGCCCUCGGUCCUUGCCGCCUUCGAGGACCCCGCCGUCGGCUUCGCCGGCACCAACAAGCGCGUCAUCCGGACCAAAGGGGGCGGCCUCUGGAAGUCGUACACCAACUUCCUGGCCUGCACCUACCUGUGCCGGCACAACUUCCAGAUCCGCUCGGAGCCCCACCUCGACGGCGGCGUCUUCGUCGUCUCGAGCCGCACCGUCGCGCUGCGCACCUCGAUCCUGCGCAGCGACCGCUUCCGCGCGGGGUUCACGGACGAGCACUACCUCCUCGGCCUGCGCGGGCCCAUCAACAGCGACGAGGACAACUACAUCACCCGCUGGAUGCUGCGCAGCGGCUGGAAGGUCCGCAUCCAGUGCACCCCCGAGGCGGAGAUCCUCACCCCGCUCGGGGACCCGUCCAGCACCCCGGCGAGCCUCCGCGCGUGGCACACCUGGCGCCGAUACCCCUGGAGCGUCUACGCCAUCUACAUCUCCCAGCUCGUCAGCUUCGCCGCCGUCUGGGACCCUCUUCUCGUCUAUACUCUUAUGCGCACCAGUCUCUACCUCGAGUCUGACCACCAGUCCCUCCUGGUGGCCCUGAUGGUGGCUUGGGUCCUGGCGUCCAAGAUGGUCAAGAUCGCCGCUCACUUCAUCGACCACCCUUCAGACAUCGUCUGGGUGCCCGGUUACAUUGCCUUUGCGUACUGGCACUCCUUCAUCAAGCUGUACUGCCUCUUGACGUUCUUCGACCACUCCUGGAACGGCCGCAACUUGUCCGAUCUAGACUCGGUGAUGGACAGAGAGAAGGCAAAGCUUGUGGCGUGA